CAAGUGCUCCAGCAGCAGCGUCAGCAUUUCCUCCAGGCAUUUCCCAAACUAACGUGUCUCUCUCCGCAGCGCACCGUCCGUGCCGCGUCCGCAGUGCUGUUCGCAGCGACUCGCGGCCGCGCAAGUUUCCGCGACGUGACGGUGUUGGUGCCGACGUCGUGGGGCCCCUCACCGCCAUGCCCUGCCCUGGGCACGCUGGGCGACGCUGCAGGAGAGAGCUGGGAGGCGGCGGACCUGCGGGUGAGCAAGGGGCGCCACCCCCAGCACGGCGCGCGCCCCUGGACGCUCCACUCCCGCGGCUGCGGCCACCGCGGCGACUACCUCUCGCUCGGACACAGCAGUCUCACGGCCAACGCGUCAGCGCUCGCAGGUCGGCAGCUGGCUCGGGCGUGGCUGGAGUACCGCUACGGCGUGUUCGACGAGGCGGGCGCCCAGGGCAGCGCCGCCCACCCGCCGCACUACCGCGCCCCCGACGGCGCCUGGAAGCCCAACGUGUGCACCAACCUUCCCGCCGUCGCCGCCAACCCCGCCUGCGACCCCGCCAACCUCACGUGCCCCCUGGCGGUCGGGCGGCGCGGGAGGGCGGGGCCGGAGGGCGAGGAGGCGGACGGAGGGCAGGAGGACGACGAAGCAAAGGAGGUGGUGAAGGAGAAGUCGAAGGAGGCGGAGGAGGAGGCGGAGCGAGGCGAAGGGAGGUGGGGCGGUGGAGCGACCUCGCUCAUGGGCCUCCCGGGUCUGCCGCAGGUGACGCAGCUGUGUGACGAGGGCAGCCACGCCCGUGAGGCGCCCACCCGCCACAACCUCCUCUGCGGCGGCCGCUCCGUGUGGGAGGUGCUGAGGGCGAGCCCGGACUUCCAGAACAAUCGGAACGUCGAAGGGGCGCUGGCGGAGAGCGGCGUCGCCCUGCGCUACGUGCGCGCGCAGCCGCCCAGGAUCGUCCUGCUUGUCGACGACACGGACGUGAUGAACGUGCAGAAACGGUGGGAGUUCGUCCGCAAGGCUGUCCGCAAGGUGGUCACCUACGACGUCCCUGACGGCCACAGCGUUGGGCUCGUCGUGUUUGACUCCGCAGCGGCUACCAAGUACCCGCUGACGCGGCUGACCGACGGCGCCACGCGGGAGAAGGUGGGGUCGUCCCUCCCCCGGAAUCCGUCGCAGGAGCCGCGCCAUAAGCGCUGCCUCCUGUGCGGCCUGCGGGAGGCGCUGCGGAUGUUGCGGCAGGACGGGCCAGGCGGCGGCGCGGGCCACGUAGUGCUAGUGACGGCCGGUGGUGGAGAGCCCCUGGACGCCGCCCGCGCCGACGAGGCGUCCCGCGCCCUGACCGCGGCCGGCGUCGUGCUGCACGCUAUCGUGUACCCGCUGACCGAGAAGUACCCGACGCCGGGCGCCGGCCUGGAGACCGUGGCGGCGCUCAGCGGCGGCCGCACCUACAUCGUGCCCGACCAGGGCAUCGGCGCCGACUCCAAGCUCAGCAUGUACUACAACCUGCUGGACUCUCUGUACACGGCGCUGGCUGGCGUGACGGGCCCGUCCGUCCUGCCGGUGAAGGUGCACGCGGCGGAGCACCCCGGGGGGCGCGUGGCCGUGUCCCAGGGCACCUUCGCGCUGGACCCGCACUUGGGCGCCGACACCGUCUUCGCCAUCUUCUACUACCACGUAACCCACGUCGGGAACCUCAUCCACCUGGUCAGCCCGCAGGGGCAGGUCAUCGACACGGCCAACAUGCAGAAGGAGGAUGCCAACAUCAACAUGAUCACCGUGAGGCUGGCGGAGGCGCAGGCCACGGCAGGCCAGUGGCACUACAAGGUGGAGAACAGGGCAGACUCCCACCAGGCGCUCUACGUGCAGGUCACCUCGCGCCCGCGCGCCCGCACAGGUGCUCCUCAUGUGGCCGUGCGCGCCUGGACCAGCCACCCGCUGUCAUUGGUCAACGCCAGCGACAUCUCGCGCCCCCUGGCACUGUUCGCCGAGGCGAGGGUGGGCGUGGCCCCCAUCGAGGGCGCCAAGGUCACCGCCACCGUCACCCGCCUCGGCUACACGGACAACGGCACCCUGCACGAGCCGCACAAGGUCGCACUGUACGACGACGGCCUCACAGGUCCCGACAUGGCGCGCGCAGACGGCGUCUACUCCCGCUACGUGCCGGGCCUCGCCGCCGCCAAGUACAGCGUGCGGGUGGACGUGGAGGGCGAGAUCGAGGGCGAGGUGUUCACUCGCCACGUGCGGCUGGGCGUCGUGGAUGUAGUGGGCGUCCUCCCUGCCCUCGACGUCAUUCCUCCCGCCCGCGUGGUGGACCUGCGGGCGUCCGUCUUGGCAGGCAGCGGCGGCCGCGUGGCCUUCAGCUGGACGGCUCCGGGAGGCGACCUGGACUACGGCGUGGCCGACCGCUACGUGGUGAUGGCGUCCCGCGACCCCGCCCAGUUCCGCGAGGGCGGCGGCCGCCUGUUGGAGGGCUGGCCGGCGCCCCUGCCUGCUCCCGCCCUGCAGCAGCACACCCUGCUCUGGCCGGACUUCGGCGUCGUGCACUACGUAGCGCUGUAUGCGGUCGACGAGCAGGGCAACACGGGCGCCCUCAGCAACGUCGUGAGCGUGUUCGUGCCUGCGCCGCCCUCGACCACGCCCGCGCCCCCGCCCGCGCUGCCCCCGGUGCCCCCCGCCAACACGUCGGCCGUGAGGGAGGGAGGCGCAGGCGAGCCAGUGCUGGCGGCCCUGGACACGCGCCAGCUGGCCGUGGUGUUCGGCUGCGUAGGCGGCUUCGUGGCCCUCGUGGCGCUCGUCGCCUGCUACUGCCUGGCCGCCCACCGUCGCCAGCGUAGGUCGGCGCAGGCCAAGAAGGCGCACGAGGCCUACGCUGUGGCGGCGGCCGCCCCCGCCAAGCUGGGGCCGCCGCAGGACUUCCCCGACGGCGGCAAGGCCCCCGCCAAAGACGCCCUCGGCAAGGACUACAUGAGCCCCGUGGAAUCGUGGUCGGCGUCGCAGCUGCUCAGCAGCCGCCACGACCCGAAGCGAGGCAGCCUGUCGGCGCGCUCCGACGACGCCUCCGACCACAGCGCCUCCACCAAGAAGAGCUAUGGCGACUCCUCGGCCGCCAACGACUUCUACGCCGACACGAGCGCUUACCCGUAUCGGCACGACGCCUUCCUCGGCCACUACCCAGGCCCCGCCGACCAGUACCCCGUGCCCUCCGACCACUACCCGCCGCCCGGCCACGCCUACCCGACGCCCACAGACGGAUACCCCGCCCCCUCCGAGGGCUACCCGACCACGCCCACAGACCUGUACCCGAGCGAGGGCUUCCCGGCGGCGGCGGAGGCGCGCCCCUACGUGAGCUCCCCGCCGUCCGAGUCCUUCCUGUCCGUCUCGUGCGAAAUGCUGCCGCCCUCGCACGGCCCGCCGGCCUACGCCGCCUACCCCUCCUACGACGCCUCCCUCAGGUCCUCCACCUCCUCCAAGGUGCCGCCCCCCAUCCCCCCCAAGCCCAAGCUGGUCUACACGCCCGAGCCCUACAUCUACGACGCCCACGCCCACGACGCCCCCGCGCCCGCGUCGCUCCUCGCCGCCGAGAAGAGGGUGCGGAACGUAACGAUGGUUUAGUGGCCUCGCGGGGCGCCCUCGGGAGCGCCCUCGGGAGCGCGGCGGCGUCGGGUGGAAGGCGGGCCUCAGUCGCGCACCCAGCCCGCCGCACUCUGCUGGAAUAGACGCCCACACUGAACAAGCAGAGCAAAUACGGAGGCAAUAGCAAGGUAUCCGAUGUCAUUAUCUCAAAAUCGAACGCCAAUAAAGGGAGGUUAGGCUGCAGUGGCACGGGCGACAGAGGCGACGGCUCGUGAAAAGUCUCGUCGCGCUGUCUCGUUGUUCCUUCACGGGUGAAGUGAGAGAGAACUGGACUCGCGCAAGUCGGGACACGGCUGCCCCGGGGGCCUUCAAAGACCAAGCAACAUGUUGCGUGAUAAACAAGGCGAAACAAAUAUAUCCAACAAUGUGCAUUAUAUGUUAUUAUUGUUAGUUAUCAUCGUUAUCAUCCUUUUAUGAUAUAUUCUUCUUUUCGGCUUCCUCUUUCUCACGCGAAGUUGGCUCCAGCCUUCCUUUCGCCUCCUCCGCCCGUGGGCCCAGCCCGCGGAUCCGGGGUGGCCGGGCUGGGCCUCUGCCGAAGGUCACCCUGGCCACUGCCUUGGGACUGAACGUGUAACUGAAGGUGUAAAUGGCCUCUGAACGGUCAAAAGCGAACUGACAGGUAUGACCUGAGUCCAGGUCCCCAUUACCCCACCCCCCCCUUGUCGUCGGCCUUCGUGUAUCUUAUCUGUGAUGACAGCGGGUGCGGCUCCCGCGGCCUUGUGACUGCCGGCGCUGUCCGAGAUGCGCCGGGACGAGGAUACGCAGGCGAGAAACUGUAAAGAGUGAGCAUUUAUCUCAAAUGUAAAUAUGUUUUCAUCUAAGUGCAAAUGAAAGAGUCUAAGAAGUCUCAUCUCUGUAUAUAUUUUUGUAUUAUAAUAUAUCGUUAUAUGGGAAGUCAGUUAUUUUUUGUUUGUAUAUGUAUAUACAAAAUAUUAUAGUACGUAAAGUAUGAUUGAAAGUAUGUGCUGAU